UUGGCGGUUGACCGGAAUUGAAGUCUAGACCGGUCUCUGAAGUUACGUUUUUUAAAUCAGUGCAUCGGGUUAGUUUAGUUACCAUCACAAAACAAGUUAAUACUACAUGUCAUACUAAAGCAGCCGGUCGUUAAUCACCGCAGCGAUGAGCUUUCCUCACAACUCUUCUCACCAUUCGCCCAGACUGGAUUCUGUGAUUCAGAAGUUGGAGUUUUCUAUGCUCAACGCGGACGGCUGCCCUGAAGAGGUGAACUAUGGACGUGUACUCACUGGGGACAGUGUGGACACGCCCACGCCCACCGCCGUGUGUUCGCGCAUGCGCCAGAUCGUCACCCGCAGCCUGGCGGAGCCGCCACGUGGGGAGCCCUCUGAAGGGGGUCUGACACGGAGGGACCCCCGGUCCCAGCUGAAGGACCGGACCCCUAGCCCCACCUACCGGGACCCCCUCCAGCUGGAGCAGAUGCUUACCUCGCAGAGCGCUGCGGACUCGGACCAGGAGAGUUGUGCCGGGGAGCGGCAGCAGGCGAGGGCCGUGGAGCGGGCCUACCAGCUCAAGCUGCAGGCCUGCCAGGAGGGCCAGCAGAGGCAGGCCCAGCUGGUCCACAGGCUGCAGAACAAGGUGCUUCAGUACAAGAGGCGAUGUGGAGAUCUGGAGGAACAAGUUCUGGAGAAAACAUCAGAGUCUGAGAAGCUCAGGCUGUCUCUCCAGACCCACCUGGACUCCACCCAGCGUCUGCAGCGGGCGGAGCAGGACCUCCACGCCGCCGUGCAGUCCAAAGACCAGCAGCUGGGGGAGGAGCACAAGAGGUGUGCCAGCCUCAGCCAGGUGAACUCCCUGCUCAGGGAACAGCUGGAGCGGGCCACCGCGGCCAACCAGGACCUGAGCUCCACCAACCAGGACCUGGCCUCCGCCAACCAGGAGCUGGCCCAGAGCCUGGAGAGGGCCCGCCACGACGCAGAGCUCAGCGGCUCCCGGCUCCGCCUGGACCAGGAGACGUGUGUCUCCCAGCUGGGCCGCGAGCAGGCCCGCGUCAGGGCCCUGUGGCGCCAGUCGGCCUCCCUGAGGACCGCCUUCACCCAGCUCAGGGCCUUCACUGACAGGGCGCUGGCGGACAUGCGCGUGGACUGUGUGGCGACCGGCCGUCAGCUGAAGCAGUCCGUGGCCUCCCUGGGGGCCCGGGCCCUCCAGGACAGCGCCUUCAGUGGCGUGGAGCUGACGGCGCUGCAGGCGCAGCUCAGGGAGAAGCUGAGGGAAGCCAUGCAGCUCCAGGGCCGCUGGGACGCCGAGAAAGUAGAGCUCAACUCCAGGAUCGUGGAGCUGACGGACAUGGUGCAGCAGCGGCGCAGUGAGAGCAGUGAGAAGGACCGCAGCCUGGCCGCCCUGCAGCUCAGCCUGGACCGCAUGGUGGGCCCGCAAGGUGAGGUGGGCCGGCUGCAGGCGGAGGGCCAGCGGCAGGCGGUGCAGGCGGUGCAGGCGGGGGUGGAGAGGGAGGGCGUGGAGCAGCGGCUGGUGCAGGUGGAGCGGAGCAACCAGCUGAGCCUCAGCAGCAGGGACCAGGCCCACCGGGACCAGCUCCACGCCCAGCGGGCCGACGUGGAGCGGCAGCACGCGGCCCUCCAGGUCGCCGCGCUGCAGGCCCAGAGGGAGCACGGCGAGCUGGAGCAGCAGCGGCAGGCGGAGGAGCUGCGGGCGCGGGGCCAGGAGGUGCUGCAGCAGGAGGUCAGCCGACUGACGCAGGAGCACCAGCAGAGCCUGCUGACCGCCCAGAGCCAGAGCACACAGGUAGGCCUACUGCACGCCAAGGCCCAGAAACAACAGCUGCGUUUGGAGCGACAGCAGCUUCAGUUGUGCACAAGAAGUGACCUCACCCUUCAGCCCCUCACUGUCUGUCCCUCGCUCCCCCUCGACAAACGCUCCUGCCCGGCCUCCCACUGCAGGCCCCCACCUGAGAACAGGUCAGGACUGGUGGUGGUGGUGGUGGUGGUGACUCUGGUUGUGGUCCACCAGGCUCUGCUCCAGAAGGAGGGGGAGAAGGCGGUGCUGGUGGAGCGGCUCCAGGGGCUCCAGCAGGACCUGGUCUCCGCCGGCCUGGACCUGCAGCGCACCAGGAGAGAGGCCCAGAGCCGGCUGGAGCAAGACAAGGACUCCCUGGCGCUGCUGCAUGGGGAGCUGCAGCAGCUACAGACGCGCCUCCAGGAGUCUCAGAGCAGCAUGGAGAACCAGAAGCUCACCCUGACGGAGCAGGUCAGAGAGCUGGGCCAGCAGAGGGGCCAGCUCCACCAGGAGGUGCAGGUGGUCCGCCGGGCGCUGCAGCAGGCGGAGGACCAGCGGGAGGCGGGGCGCGGCGAGCUGCAGGAGGCCCGCCGCCUGCACCAGGAGGCCCUCCAGGACCGGGACGAGCAGCGCCAGGAGGCCCAGGACACCAGGAGGCUCCUGGGGGACCAGAGGGAGGAGAGGGAGGCCCUCCACGCCUCCAACCAGGAGCUGAGGGCCGUCGUGAAGAGGGCCGAGAGCGACAACAGCAGUCUGCGGCGUGCGGGGGAGGAGACGGAGCAGACUGUGUGUGUGCUGGAGGAGGGCAGGAGGUCUCUUCAGGAGGAGGCCUCCACCCUGCGCUCCACCCUGAGGCAGCUGGAGAAGGCCCGCAUGCAGGGCCGCCGCGAGCUGCAGGAGCUGCGCCGACAGGUGAAGGUGCUGGAGGCGGCGGGCCGGCAGCAGAAGGAGGAGCUGCAGGAGGUGCACGGCCGGCUGUCCCAGGAGGAGCAGAAGGAGGAGGAGGCGCGGCGGGAGGCGUUCUCUCUGAAGCAGAGGGUGGUGGAGUGCGAAGCGGGAAGAGAGGCGGCCCUGAAGGAGUGCGCUGGCUUCCAGCGGCGUGUCGGUGAGCUGGAGGCGGCGGAGCGGCAGGUCAGGGAGUCCCUCCAGGAGAAGGAGGCGGGGCUCCAGGACUCGGAGCGGCGGCGCCGGGAGGCGGGCCAGCAACUGGAGCGCGCGGCGGAGGCGGCGGAGGCCCGGGCCCGGGAGCUGGCGCUGGGGGCCGGCCUGGCCGAGGGGCGCGCCCGGGGCCUGGAGGACCAGCUGGGCCUGGCCGAGGCCGCCCGGCGCGAGACGGACCUGAGGCUGAGGGCCCUGUGGUCCGCGGUGCGCUGCGGCCUGGGCCUGGGGGGCCGGGCCGCCCGCAGCCAGGGGGCCCGCAGAGGACGGUCCCCCUCACCGUGGAGGAGCUACCCUCCGGCCCCACGGGCAGAAGGGGUCCCAGACAGCCCUGGCUCCUCGUCACCGGGCUCUGAGGACCAGGAGGUGGGCGUGGAGGGGGUACAGGGCGCCCUGCGAGCGCUCCACCAGGAGCUCCGGGACACCCAGAGAGACAGGGACGAGGCGAGGUCCCAGACCUCCAGCCUGGGUGAGCGUCUGAAGGAGCUCCAGACCAGCCAGGAGAGGUCUGCUGCCCAGCUCCUGCAGCUCCAGGCAGCUCUGAAGGACUCUGUGGAGGGCAAGCGGGAGGCGUCUGACCAGCUGCUGCGGGUGCAGAGCUCCCUGUGCGUGCAGGAGGAGGCGUGGCGGCAGGCCCAGCAGGAGAAGAGGAGCCUGGGGGAGGAGCUGGUCAGGCUGAGGGUGGGCCUCCAGAAGGCCGAGGCCGAGGCCAGGAGCCUGCAGGAGCGGCUGCAGGCCUCGGAGGCGGCGGCGGCGGCCAGCCUCCAGCGGCAGCGGGAGGCCCGGGAGGCGGCGGAGGGCCGGGCCGCCCAGCUGGAGGCCGCCCAGCGCGGGGCGGAGGCGGAGCGGCAGCGGGCGGCGGGCCGCGGCGCCGAGCUGGACGGCCAGCUGGGGGCGCUGCGGGGCCGGCUGGCGGAGCGGGGGGAGGAGCUGGCCGCCAGCGAGGAGCGCGGCGCCGCCCUGGAGGAGCGGCUGGCGGCGGCGCUGGCCCGGGCGGAGCUGCAGGAGGCGGGGCUGAGGGAGGAGCUGCGCCGGGUGGCGGGCUCGUUGUCUAGCAACCGCAGGAGCGCCGGCGCCCUGCAGGAAGAGGCGGGGCAGCUGCAGCGGGUGCUGGCGGCCAGCCAGGAGGACCGCAGGGUGCUGCAGGAGCAGCUGGACGCCCUGCGGGACGGCCUGUCGGAGAGCCAGCGGCUGAACCAGGCGCUGACGGAGCGCGCUCUCAGCCUGCAGACGGCCCUGGAGACGCAGCAGCUGGAGGCCGCGGAGCGGGAGAAGCAGAGCAGCGCGCUGAAGCAGGCGCUCAAGCGGCAGAAGGAGGCGGGGCUAGAGGCCCACAGCUCCGCCCAGCAGCUUCAGCAGGAGAGGGAGGGGCUCCAGGAGAGGCUGAGAGCCCUCCAGAUCACCGUGACGACGCUGCAGACGGAGCGCGGCGAGCUGGAGCGGAGCGUCGCACGGCUGGGGAGGGACAAGGCCGCGCUGCGCAAGGCCCUGGAGAAGGCGGAGUUGCAGAGGCUAAGGAGCGAGGAGGAGGUGGUGCUGGGCGGCCAGGAGAAGGAGCGCCUGCUGGAGGCACUGCGGGCCCUUGAGCGGGACCUGACGGAGAACCAGGUGGAGCUGCAGACCCUGCAGGCGCGGUACUCGGAGCUGGGCCACGCCCAGUCCCAGCGCCUCCUGGAGGAGACGGCGCGCCACGCCCAGGAGAUGGAGGCGGAGACGGGCCGGCUGCGGGCCGCCGGACUGCAGGCGGAGCGGGCCCUGGAGACCCGGGAGAAGGCCCACCGCCAGCGGGUCAAGGGCCUGGAGGGCCAGGUUCUGACGCUGAAGGAGCAGCUCGAUGAGGACGUGAGGCGGCGCCAGGCCCGGAGCCACAAGGUCCUGGGGUCCAGACACUGACCCGGCAGCAGGUCCUGGGGUCCAGACACUGACCCGGCAGCAGGUCCUGGGGUCCAGACACUGACCCGGC